GCCUACACAAUCUUCCAACACAACCCCAGGCUCAGUAAUGCUGUGAGAGUGAGCUGUACCUUUCACACACACUGCAAUCACCUGCUCGAGGACACACAUAGCACACACCCGGUCAAUAUGGAGGAGGCUGACCUGCUGAAGGAGAGGCUCCAGGCGAUCACGGACAAAAGAAGAAUCCAAGAGGAUAUUGCCAAGAAAAGGAGACAGAUCGAAGAGGAGAAAUUAAAACUCCAGUACAUUAAGAAAAAAGCCCUGAGGGAGCAGUGGCUGAUGGAUGGCCUGAGUCCACAAUCAGAGCAGGAGCAGGAGGCCAUGAGGCUGCAGGCUCAGGAUGAACAACAGCAGAGUGAUCAACUGCAGAGUAACAUCCUCAGAAUAGAAGAGGAGAUAAAGGCCUUGGAAACACAGGAGCUCAACAUCUCUGCCAAUGAAGAAAUAGUUCUGAAGAGGUUAAAAGAGGUGGAGAGAACUGCCGAAGACAUUAUCAAGGAGCUAAACGCAGAGUUCCACGCAGAUAUGACACAUGUCCCUUCACCACUCCCAGAUAUCCCAUUAUUCAUCCCACUGACAAAAGCAAAAACCCCUCCUGUAUGUAAGCUUGGUAGUGAAGAACCAAAGAAAGCUACAUUUGCUAUGGAGAUCAGUGUGGAGCAUGAUAAGAGAACGGGCAAAAGUCAAGUGGUCUCCACAGCGUCUAUCACCCCAGAAACCAUCCAGGGGAGGGGGUUAAAAGUAUAUGAUGAUGGGUGCAAGUCUGUAUAUGCACUGCACCCAGAUGGAGGCAAAAAUCCCAGUGGAACAUUUAGAGAGAUGACACCCACAGAGGUAGAAGAGCUGCUACGUCAGGCCACAGAUAAAAAUGUGCCCACUGAGGUGCAAUACCAUCAGCCUGUCUAUUCUGUACCAUACACAGGGAACAGCAGGCCCUCAACACCCAGAAUGCCAAAUAAAACACAGAGGCAAACUCCAACACCUAGCACCAGCCCCUUCCAGAGUGCAAUCUCACCCAGAAAUGGAGCUCAAGUCCUCAAGGAGGAAAACCAGCACAGACAAGACCUGGAGGGAAUGAAAAUCCAGAGCAAAACACCUAGCCUCAUCCAACAACAAUCCAUAUCAAAUGUUCAAAAAUCUGGAGAAGAAACCAAACUGCCCUACUUCCACAUUACAGGACAAUCCAAGAGUGACAAAUAUCUAAUUCCACAGCCUGACUUCUGUGCCAAAACUCCACGAGGACUCACCAAUAGCACAAUGGAUACGAGCAGUCCAAACACAGCAGCUCUGGUCUCAGUUAAAGCUAGGUCUGAAGGAAUGCCAGCACCCAUACAACCACUUUACAGGGCUGUAGAUAGCCAUAGCCCUUCACGGGCUAGCCACAAAUUGGAAGUUGGUCCUGAUGGCUUGAUAGAGAUUUCUGGUGAUUUCAACAGACACUCACCCUUCUGUGCAGAGAGUGUCACCUCUCUGAACCUUGUCAAUGCCCUGCCAGACGAGCUGGGAUCAGAGCCUGUCACCAUGAUCUUUGUGGGCUAUGAGAACGCUGACAAUGAGGAGGAGGAAGACAUCCAGGCAGAACUGGUAGUCAUAGCCAACAAUGAUGAUGAUGAUGACAGUGUUGAAGCUCAAUAUGUUGAAAAUGAAAGUGACAGGGAGGAAUGUCUCUCAUACCACCCAGAGGGAUACAAGAGCAAAGUCUUCCAACCUAAAGUGGGUGUAGCCAAGGUAAUAGGCUGCAGAAACAUUAUUGAAGAUGCCUACACACACUGUGAUGAUUUAGAGCUCCACAAGCCGACGUUCAUCCACAAGCCUGGAAAGCACAGUCCCUAUCUGCAGGGACGAGGAGUGGAUGAAUCUGCAAACACAGGCAGUAUAAAUAUGGAGAAGAUGAAGCUCUGCUCAACAGGAAGAUAAGACAGAACUUCACCAGCUGCUGAGAAACUGGGUUGCUGAAGAAACAAUGUAGGAAUAGAAUUUAUUCUGGUUUCUUUCUUUCCUUUUCAUUCUUUCUUUCUUGUCCUUCAACAUGUUUCGCCAUGGCUCAUAGACUAGAACACAUCUUUUGUGUAAAUGCACAACCCUCAAUCCACUUCUCAGCCUCACACCGGAUUCCCUUCUCAUAUUACAGAACAGCAACAACUUUUCCUUUCAUGCCAUUUGCUGGAAACAACCUUAUCUUGUAAUGUCUGUGCUAUCUCCUGACUGAGGGAAACAGCAGUCAGCCUUUGUGUCUGGAUGAUUCCAAAAGUUUCAUUGCCACCUCCUGGCAAAUUAGUUUCAUUACACAUUAAUGUGAGCACAGAAAGUGUGAAAGCCUGACCAGUGCAGGUAGUACCAUGGUGCCAUGGCCUACCUUAUACAAUGUUUAUAAGUUAAUGUUUAUAAGUCCUACAAAACAGAUUGAUGAAUGAUAAAUAAAUAAAGCUUUUAUUAAUGCUCUAUAGACUAGUAUUAAGACAUUUGAACAUUUUUUAGGUUGCCAGAGAUGCUGCCUUAUAGUCUCCUCCAGAAAGACCUUUUAAAGGACACCUGGACCACUAACAUUGUUAUGGUGAAGGAAGCCUUUAUUGAUGCCAUGCAUAACAUACAUAAUCUGAUGACUUAUUAUAAAGUGAGUGACCCAUGACCUUUUAACAUUAGAUUUCAAUUUAUGAGUUUUAAUGACUGACUCACUUUCUAACCAAUGUUAAUAAAUUGAUCUUGGUCCGACUGCAGCACUUUACCAGAAAUACUCAUACUACAUAAUCAUACAAUUAGCCAAAGGGAUUUUUCACAAUCAGGAAAACCAAACCUCAUUUUUAUAAGUGCUUUGUUACUGAGCUACACUAUGUAUGCCAUAAGUAUUUGGACUCAUACUCUUUUACUUUUGGCCCGAGUCUUUAUUUUUCCUGCUUUUGGUUUCUUAAUUCAAAUCAAGGAAAGUGUUAAAACCAUCGUAUACAGAGUAUGUGUUCAUCCCUUUCCCGUUUCAGCAUGACAAUGCUUUUGGGCCCAAAACCACCUUCAAAAGGAAAGGGUUUCCCCAGUUUGCUGUGGAGGUACUUGGGUCGCCUCAUGACCUCAAACCCAUCCAACACCUUUGGGAUGAACUAGAACACUGACUGUGGGUCAGGGCUUUAACACCCAGCAUCUAUGUUGGACCUCACUAAAUACUCUGGGAGUAGCUAAGCUGAAUGGGAGCAAAUCCCUAUUGCCAGCAUCUGGUGGAAAGCAUGAAACCAGAAGACUGGAGAUAUCAUAGCUACACAAUAAGGCCCAUUGUCUCAGAAUCAGAUGUUCAGUUAUCCCAUAUGAGAAAUUCAGGUACGUAAGGUACUUAAGGUCAUUUAUAGUGUUAAAAAGCAUUAAUAAAAUGUUUAUUUGCAUUAAUAAAGUUUGUGACAACUUUGAAACACUGAUUAGAUUUGGCUUAUUUUUAAAGUGGUGCCUUUUUGUCAAACGAAAGUGUACAUCAUGUGAGAACAGAGAACAAUAUGUUUUUAUUUUGCUUUGAUUUGUUUUGUUUUGUUUUUUG